AUGGCCUCUCCAAUAGAGAAUCUCUACGGCGCCCUUCUUCUGGGUACAUUCUUCAGUCUCAUAUACUUUCGCGUGUAUCCCAAUGAUGAAGUGAACAUUCGUGUACUGGUGUGGUGCGCUUUGGUAUUAACCAACAUCUCGCGCACCAAGGCACUUCCUAUCACGGCGGAGCUGUCCAUCAUUUUGUCGCUGGUUGCGCUGGAAUACUCGGGAGAUUUGGCCUCCGGGUUAUACAGGAUUUUGCGUAGUCACUCUAGCUCCAGAUCGCUCAUGGAGAACUUCAUGCUCUAUGUUCUCAAUACAGGACUACUGGUAAGCAUUUGUGACAUCGUGUCCUGGAUAUUGGCAUAUGCAGUGGCAAGGACUGCUUGGUGGAUUGCCUUCGAUACAGCAACCACGAAGUUGUACCUUAUCACUUUCCUCUCCGUGUUAAACUCCCGAGACAUGGCAAUCACUAGAGGCAUCGAGAUAUUUGGAUCAGAUGCAACCUACGGGCUUAAUGCCAUCGAAAGGGCGGCCAGACAGGCUCGUGCUGAACGGUAUAAUGCUCCUCAGAUCCCUGACAUAGGCCCGACCAAGAUUGACAUCAAGGUGGCAACCGAGAUCGAGGGGGAGAACCAAACCACCCGUGACAUGAUGGCCGACGACAGCGACGCGCAUAAGCCCGGACAAGUCUUCCGUCUGUAG